AUGAACUGGCUUCGAGAGAUCGAACAAGCYUUCCGGGCUUGUGACURUGACGAGGGGCAAAAAGUGAAGUUUGGCUCUCAAAUGUUGAGGGGUGCAGCUCUUACCUGGUGGAACAUUGUCAUCUCAACCAUCGAUGUCACUGAAUUGACCAAGAUGAGUUGGACCACAUUCAAGGAAAAAGUAAUGGAAGAAUAUUGCAAUGAGCAAGAGAUGGACCGCAUAGAAGAAGAGUUCCGAACCUUGAAGAAGGGAAAUCUGACGGUAAGAGACUACACUCGACUCUUUAUGGAAAAGCUAAACUUGGUGGGACACGUGGCCCCAAYAGAGAAGGACAAGAUGAAAGCCUACCUUAAAGGGCUACCUGCUGACAUGAUGGUAAUGGUUAGGAAUUCAASGGMGUCCACCCUCAGAGAGACAAUUGAAGAGGCCAAGAUCCUGGAAACGGCUUACGCUAGAGGAAGAGAGGAGAGGGCAGUGGGUGGUGAGAAAAGAAAGUGGGAAGGGCAUCAUACACCUUCCAAGAGACCGAAUUAUCCCAGCAACAGCAAUCGGGGAGUUUAUCCUAGACAUGAAGCAAAGUGGUGUUCCAGAUGUCGUACUAAACACCAUGGUCCGUGUACCACCAACCCCACUCCUACAAAAUGUCAUAAAUGUGGAAAGCCCGGCCACUCGCGAAAUGAGUGUCCUAUCAAAGGACCCAUCUGUUUUGGUUGCGGAGAACCGGGUCACAUCAUGAGUGUCUGUCCGAAGACAAAGAUUGGGGGAGCCCAAGGAAGGAAGGAAAUUAUCCCGAGAGCGGCCGGUCGAGCCUUUCAGAUGACGGCCAAGGAAGCCAAGGCAUCGACGGAUGUAGUGUCAGGUACGUUCCUUGUUAACUCCGUACCUGCUCGUAUACUUUUUGAUUCUGGUGCUUCAUGUUCCUUUGUGUUCACUGCUUUCUACCAACACUUGCAUACACCACCUAGUUCACUGAAAGAUGCAUUAAUCAUAGAGAUAGCCAAUGGUAGCCAAAUUCUGGUGUGCGAAAUUGUUAGAGGUUGCAUGUUGGGGAUCGGGGGAAAGGAGUUUCGAGUAGACCUCAUACCCAUGGCUAUAGGUGGAUUUGAUGUUAUAAUUGGGAUGGACUGGCUAGCAGAGAACCAAGCAGAAAUUUUAUGCUCUAAAAAGUUGAUCCGAAUUCCCUUGCCGGAUGGGGACGCAGAUAGAGGUUAUGUCCAGUCUGAUCGAUCGGAUCAAAGUAGCACAGCCUGA